AUGUACCUCAUCGUUUGGGCCUACUUCAACGAAUGCCUACCGAUCGAAGUGCUCUCGUCCCUCGACCACUACGCGCUGCGGUCGCUCAAGAACUGGCGUCGCCCAUUCGCCGAGGCCGAUCUUCAAUUUGAGCCUACGCCGAAGCAAAAACGGAGAGCCCAGGUCAUCAUUGGAUUUGUCACAGUCCUGGGCGAUCAGCAACUAGUGACUGGUGUCGCAAUUCUAAUUGCGGGACUUGCUAGUCGAUGCCAUAUCACGUUCUACGAGUUCAAUAUUGUCACGUAUCUAGCAUACUUUGCUGUGUUCACCCAUACGCUCUCGCUAAGUGUCCUUCAGACUCACCUCUUCGCUCGCAAGCUCGCCCGAGACUGCCGAGUCGGUUUCGCCAUUGGAUUUCUGGUCUUGUUCGCAUUUUCCUUCGUCAUCAAUACGGUCACGAGCCACUUCGACGGUGUCAUAAAUGGAUCGACUCUGAACGAAGGCAACGUGCUGCAAUGUCUGUUCGAAGCUUCGCGGUUUGGAAAGUCGUUUCAGUUUGAUAAAUUCGACUCGAUCGUCGUUCUCGGAGCUGCGCUAUACAAUCACAUCUUUGCCAUCGUGCAGCUGUAUCUCGAACCGGGGACAAGAUUAUUCGAAGCAUUACUCUCUUAUUUGUACGUAAGGUAUCUUUGCCUGAGGGGCUUCUCGUCAGAAGACGCCAGUGUUAUGGUCAAGACCGCGAAUAUCAAAUACCUCGCUUGGCUACAGCCACCUUUAUCGACUACAGGGAAAACCGCAAUUUCUGUAUGGUAUUUCUUCGACAAAUACUACGACUCCUAUCUGGCAUUUCUUCCAGACGUUUCACUCGGUAUGUCAUAUGGCACAGCGAGUGUCAUCAUUGCUAUAUGGCAAGGAGAGUUGAAGCCAGCGAAUGGUCUUCAUAUCCUCGGGUUUGGACAAAUUGUAGCCAUAGUGCUGCUGGUACUUACCCUUUUGGCUGCAGUGGAAGUUGUCAAUGGUAAGCGAACUUGA